GUAGCGCGGCUCUUUGGGCAACUUGUGCCCUCACCAGUCCCCCCGGCCAGUCAUUGGAGAUCGCGCGGCGCCGCGUGUUCAUGCUUGGCCGGGCUGAUGCUGCCAGAGGAUAUGCGAAUGGGCAGUUUUAGUCAGUCCGGACGGACAGGCCAAUCAAACCCCGGUCUCCCUUCUCCACUUACUCACUCGUCGCUGAUUGGUCCACCUGCGUCCGUCAGAGGCAAGCGAGCCGGCAAACCUGCAGGCAGACAGACCGGCCUGACAGUCAAACCGUCUCUAGUCGGCAUCAAGACACUCUUGAGGUGGAUAUGGAAAGAGAGAGAGAAAGAGAGAGAAAGAGAGAGAGAGACGCGUGUUUGGACGACGGCGAGACCGCCAGACUCGGCCUCCCGUUAUCCUCGUGCCGGUGUGUCACACGCCAUUUCACACUGCCCACCCCCUGCCCCACGAUCCACUCACACACACGCACACACACAGGCACAGGCAGACAGACACAGGCCGAGAGACCGGCACAAGCUGAGAGGGCACAAAUGCACGCGGCGGCAAGCGGAGCGUUCGGUUCGCAGCACUCGCCUCCUCGUCACUCGUCGACACCGCCUUCUCGUGACCCUCUUUCACCACCGGCCCUCGGUCCACUCGCCUCCGCUCCCCUCUCCCCCCCUCGCCUCCGACUCCGGCUUCGGCCCGCUUCUCACCGCCGGCCGACGCCCGCUGCGUCUUGACCCGCCUCGACGCCGACCGACCGCCAAUCCGUCGGCUUCACACCUUCCGGUGGACGUAAUCAACUGUCUUGUCUUGUCCGCGCCUGCACACAUCUCGGCCGGCCGGUUCUCUCCGUCUCUAACAGGCCCGUCUAGACCCUGUCCGGCACACACACACAAACACACACACAAACACAGACACAUUGCGCGACGACGCGUGAGCAUGCCGAGCACCAGCCUCAUGCAUCGGCCCACGGCGCAGCCGACCUCCAAGUCGAGCCUGGCCUCGGGCGCGCCCAACUCCACUCUCCUCCUCUUGCCCGACACACACGCACAGCCGACCUCCGUCACCGCCACCGCCCACCCAGCGGCUGGAAGAGGCACCGGCGAAGCAGCCGUUACCGGCUCCGGGCAGGCGCCCAAUCGGCGUCGUCAUCGUCACCAACAUCAACACCCUCAUCAGCAACGUGGACAUCGUUGUCAGGGCGUGUCGACGAAGAGGGAUCGCGUCGUCAAGUCGGCCGAGUUGUGUCUGUCUCCGGUUGACGACGAGGCGCGACUGGCGCCGGGUGAGCGGCCGGAGGGGACGAGAAAGGGUGACAGUCUUGUGCAUGUGUUGCGCUGUUCGCGGUGUGCCUUCGAGUCGAUCGACAAGCGCCGUUUCGACGUGCAUCUGCCCUGCGUGGGACCGGGCGGCGUCGACUUCUACCGU